AUGACUUUAUCCGAAAGACAAAGCCUAGCAUUGAACUCAGAAGAGCUCGAAUGGUCCAGCGACGAUGGUUACGAAUAUCCUCACCCAAAAUCUAGAUGGCUCUCGGGCAACGUUCUGAGCAUAAUCGUCUCACUGACAGCUCUUGCCUUGACGGUGAGCGCCAUCUUUACACGCCACCAUGAAAAACUCCAAGCGGUUGCUAGUGAACGGAUCUCCCUUGGAACUUGCGGCCGAAAUUGGCAGGAGGCUGAAGCAAACGGAUGUGUUUACGAUGUCAUGAUGACAGCUUGGAUGAAACCACAAUGCUACGAUAAAGAGCUCUCCGAUGCGUUCUUCUAUCGCGAUUCUGGGAACUGGACGUUCUAUCACGAUUCCGCCGGAAAAGAUGUCAUGCCUCAUGAUGAAUUGUUCCGGGGUCGGUAUACGGAGUAUUGGGUUCAGGUAGGUGGCACAUACCAUUUUAGUCAUUGCUCUUAUAUUUGGGCGAAGCAGCUGAAACAGAUGGGCAAGAAGCCUAUGGUUCUUGAUUCCAAGUCUAGGAAUUGGUACCACACUCUUCACUGUGCGAAUAUGCUGGCGGCGGCGAAUACUACGUACCUUGACGGAAGGGCGUCUUCACAUGCGAAACUUGGUACGAGUUCGAUUGAUUGUAUUGUGGGCGAUUGGUCGACGUUUGAAUCCAUUCCUGCCGAGUUGCAGAAGGGAGCGGGUCCAUUGAAGGAGGAGUAA